GUUCUGCAGAGCGGGAGAAAGGGUUUCAGUGAGACUCACUGCGCCGGCGUCCCGGCAGCAGCGGUUCAAGCGUCUUCCGGGGGGAGCCGAGGAACUACGCUCCGUCUUGGGCCCUGUGUCUUUUCAAGUUCGCUGGGCGAGGUUCAGAGAGGCCGCCGUCUCUUGAGGAACGUUUCUCUGCGUCUCGGAAGCCGGUCGGGGCUCCGCUUCUCCAGGCCUUGCCCUCUGACCCGGCUCGCGCGGCGGGGUGAGAGGUCGGGUAGCCAUCUUGUGGCGGCGGCACGGGCGGCUGUUACUGCGGAGACCCCUCCCUUCCCCCUCGGGGCCUUGCUGGCCGCGGUGUCAGUUGGUCCAGAGGCCGGCCGUCUGUCAGCCGAGGUCUCCGGGCCGCGUGCGGUCGCCCUUCCCGCCGCACUGGGGGCGCGGCCCAGGCCGCUCUCUGCCGCCACCACCAUGUCCUCCUUCUCCGAGUCGGCCCUGGAGAAGAAGCUGUCGGAGCUGAGCAACUCUCAGCAGAGCGUGCAGACCUUGUCGCUGUGGCUCAUCCACCACCGCAAGCACGCGGGGCCCAUCGUCUCCGUGUGGCACCGCGAGCUCCGCAAAGCCAAAUCAAAUAGAAAACUUACUUUUCUGUAUUUAGCAAAUGAUGUCAUACAGAACAGUAAAAGAAAAGGACCUGAAUUCACUAGAGAAUUUGAAUCUGUCCUUGUGGAUGCUUUUUCUCAUGUUGCCAGAGAGGCAGAUGAAGGCUGUAAAAAACCUUUAGAAAGAUUGCUGAACAUCUGGCAAGAAAGAAGUGUGUAUGGCGGCGAGUUCAUACAGCAGCUGAAGCUGUCUAUGGAGGACUCCAAGAGCCCUCCUCCGAAAGCAACAGAAGAGAAGAAAUCUCUGAAGCGGACUUUUCAGCAGAUACAGGAGGAGGAGGAUGAUGACUACCCAGGAAGCUACUCUCCCCAGGAUCCUUCCGCAGGACCCCUCCUGACAGAGGAGCUCAUCAAAGCUUUGCAAGAUCUAGAAAAUGCUGCGUCAGGGGAUGCUACUGUCCGACAGAAGAUUGCAUCUCUGCCCCAGGAAGUGCAAGAUGUUUCUUUAUUGGAAAAAAUAACAGACAAAGAAGCAGCUGAACGUCUCUCAAAAACAGUAGAUGAAGCAUGUCUGUUACUAGCCGAAUAUAACGGUCGUCUGGCAGCAGAACUGGAGGACCGGCGCCAGCUGGCUCGGAUGCUGGUGGAGUACACCCAGAAUCAGAAGGAUGUUUUGUCAGAAAAGGAGAAGAAGCUAGAAGAAUAUAAGCAGAAGCUUGCACGCGUCACUCAGGUCCGUAAGGAGCUGAAGUCCCACAUUCAGAGCUUGCCAGACCUCUCUCUGCUGCCCAAUGUCACGGGGGGCUUGGCCCCCCUGCCCUCUGCUGGUGACCUGUUUUCAACUGACUAGGACAGGUAUUGUGCCUCAGAUUCCCAACUCUACCAGCAGACAGAAGAGUGCACGUCGUGGUUGGAAAGAACCCGCUGGCCCCUGCUUCUGUUCCUCCACCUGCCCUCCCACUUCAAGAAAGAGCUAAGUGACUCUGACCUUCCUCUGCAGCCACUUGUCUUGAGCAAGUUUGGACCGAGGCGAGUGGACACAGUUGAGAUUCAAGUUUGAGAAAAUACAGACUCUUCUCCUGCUGCAUGUUUUUAGGCCCCUGCUGGUUCUCCUUUUGUAGCGCACGUACGCACUCUACACCCAAGAUGUUAUGAAAAUCAUGUGUAUUUCAGGAAGCUUUCAAAAGAAUCUUGUCCCUCACAACAGCAUUUUAUCAUGAAAGCGGAUUUCCAUUCUGAGCUGGGCUUGUUCACGUUGUUGCAGCUUUUCCCCUGAGCGACUCAUUUAGAGACAUUGGCUUUCCUGUCUGGCACCUGUCCCCUAAAGUUGGAGACACAACUGUUAGCCAGCAUUGCCAUAGAGUUUGUUAAAUCUCUGUCCCUCCUUCACCAUUGCUUCUGUUGAUUCAUAGUCAAAGGUUAGGUGCAUAUUGCUUUUUAAGCAGACUCAAGAAUCUAGCAGUAAGAUUCAAAGCUGAUUUGGGACAGAAAGUCACAAUUCAGAGACAGUAACAGGGAUCAGAAGUCUAAGUUUAAAUUAUUGGCUUGGUUCCCAAAAACACCAUUCCCAGGCUGCACUUCUCAAUGGGGGUACAAUAUGUUCCUACAAGGAUCUUUUGACCCCCAUUGGUGGUGAAAGUAGCUGUGAGGAACGGCAUGGUAUUCCCUCUGGAGCCCAAGAGAAAGGCCGACUGUGGUACCUUGAUGCUUUCUUUCGGAAGUAGCCCCAUGCCAGACUUGUCUUCUGUUGCCUGGAUGGUGUUAUUUGAUGCCUAAACUUGAGCACCUCUCUGCACCUGCAGCUGGGACACCGGGUGUUUGUCAGUUCCUGCCACUGCAGGACUCCCUGCUUGUCCAAGUCCUUGCAUCAGAUAUUACAGAAUAACUCCUGGGCAGGGGCACUGGAGGUUAG